AUGGACUCGAUAACUUUAGGAUUCAAAUAAGGAGACUUAAAAUAUUUUGAUGAUUCAAUUGACUUACAAUCCUUAGUCCCUUAUAAAAUUCACACUGUAAAAAUCUUUUUCACGAAUCAAUGGAUCUUGGGCAUCCAAAAUUAUUAUUAUUCAUUUAGUUCUCAAUCAGUAAUAAAAUGCAAAGAACACAAGUAAUUGUUAAAAAAUAUAAGAAUAGGUCAUCAAAACUCUUUGGAGUAAAUGAACAAAAACUAGUUUUAGAUAAUAGCGAAUAUAUUAUUUAAUUGACAUGGUAUUAGAAUGAAAUUGGAAUAAAUAGAGUAGAAAUAUAAACAAAUAAGCAAUAAAUUUAAGUUGGACAGAAGGAUGGAGAAAAGAAAGAUUUUAAAGUGGAAUAAAAUUAUUAAUUAGGGGCAAUAGCAGGAGGCUUCAAAUAAUAAUUAUAAUUUUUAGAGUGGCAAAUAAUUCCAUUGGUUGAGCAAUAGGCCCAAUAUUAAUCUUAAUUAUAUCAAUUAUACUUGUCUUAAAAUGAAGGUAAUUAAAAAAACAGUAAGUUUGAAUAUGUUGGUAAGUAAUAUAGAGUAUGUGAUCCAUAAAUUAUAUAAUAAGGACUCACGAAUAAAUUUGUUCAAUUUCGAAUAGUGGAUAAUACAGAGCAAGAAGUCAUUAGAAGAUUUUAAGAUGUACUUUAAUUAAGAUCAAUAUUGCAGUUAAGAUGGUAUAAUAAGCAGAAUAAUAAAAGUUUAGGCCUGGAGUAUAUAUUCCACCAUUAAUGAAUAAAUCAACCUUUGAAGAUUAUUCAAAUGAACAUAUAGAGAAUAUGAGAAAAGCUAUUGAAUACUUUUUGAUGAAGCUAUCCAAGAUAACUUAUUUUGCAUAAUCAAUUGAAUUCAAUGUCUUUAUAACUAAAACAAAUAAAGACAGCAAUUAAGAAAUGGAUUAUGUUCAAAAUAAAUUGAAAGAGAUGACUCAACAGACAAACAUAGAGUAGAUUGAUUUAAGGUAUAAAUAAAAUUUUGAAGAAUUUGAAACAAAAGAAUCAGUGAAUGAAUAAUAGAGAUAAAAGUGUAACAAUUUUUCACUUUUGAUGUAGAAAUUAGAAUUGCUAAAAAUAAAUGAUUUUUCAGAUAUCAAAAAGUUAUUUGAAUAGCAUUCUAAAAAUGUAAAUUACCUUUCUAAAUAUAUUCUUCCAGAAUUGCAUUUAAUUCAUCUUAAUUUAUAGUCUGAAGAAAUAGUUUAGAGAAGGAAAUCAAACUCAAUUGAUAGAGGCUUGUAAAUGUAGAUAGAUACUAUGAAUGAUGUAUACGAUUACUUUGUGACGGAAUAGAGAGAAGCAAGUGCAAUGUCUUAAUGCAUGAAUUAUAUAAAAGAUGUUGAAUUAUAGAAAAAUAAAUUGGAAUAGAAGAUUAUGAGUUAAAAACUUAAGUAAGAGGAUUUAAAUGUUGCUAAGAGUUAAUUUUAGUCAAUUUCAUCGAUUUGGAGUAUACUAGUAAAAUGUUAUGCAAAUUAUUACAUAGAUAAGUAUAAAUAAGUUAUAUAUCUUUUUAGUUAUUUUAAAGAAAGAUAUUAAUUGUAUCUACUGAUGAUAAAUAGAUUAGCUUAAAUAUAAAUAAACAAUUUAAAAUUAAGAUAAAAUUUUUGGCAGUCCAUUUGA